AUGCUGUCAAUCCCGAAUUCACCAGAAGUGCAAGACUUUUUGCUGUCAAUAGAUGCUGGCACCGAAGUACUGCCAGAAUUUCACCCAGGAACCGUCAGUGUUUUGUCGAAUCGAGGCCGGGCUUUAGGAGAAGCCGAAGUGAUGCUAGUGGAUCUGCCUUGGGAUUUUGCUGGGCAUUUUGUCAAGCCAGUGAACCUUCGCAGCGCCGCAUAUGGCAAUUGCGAAGUCACUCAGGUCGAAAUCAAUGGCACAGCAGGCCGGCCCUCAAAAGAGUCGGUGUUUCAGCUUGCCGAUAUAUGGAUCAACAGCGGCAUCAUGGAUCAAACCUCAGCUGCAGAAUAUGGUUCAGCCGAAGAGUUUGUGGAGGCCCCGGAGACUUCGGGUCAAGCAGGAGAAGCCGAGGCAGAGGACUUGGGUUCAGUAGAUGGUGCUCCUCUCAGCUCCGAGCAGCUGUUGCUUGCUCGAAUUGCCGAAUUGGAGGGAAGGUUGAAAGCCGUGCAAAACCAGCCCAGCCCAAAAGCCCCUCUGUUGCCUGGCCCAACACCGAAGGCACCACCUAUGUUCGGUGUACAGCAAAGCCCCCUGUCUUCCAGUCAGUGGGCCAAGAUCCAGAAGCUUGCAGGUUCUCCCCCUCCGAGAGUGGGCAAUUUGGAAACAAGGCGAGUCAGUUUGCCAACCAGAACAGUUGCCGACGACAGUGCGUUGAUCCUGCACGAACGAGAAGCAGAAGAAGAUGCACUACCAUUGGCGCUGACGAAUCCGGAAAUGGAAGCCCUGGACCCUAUGCAAAAAAUGCUGGACAUGCAGCUUCAACAAAACCAGUUGCUGCUACAACGGUUGUUGCCGAAGAGUCAAGAUCCAGUCCUGGGCGCGCUGUCCGGUUCGGACAGCGGCUCAGGAGGAAGCUCAAACAUCAAGGGCUGCCUCGCCCGAGAAGCCUUCCAAAGAGCUAUAGGCGACCUUCCAAAAGUCGCAAUGCAAGCUCGCGCCAAUGCUCUCCGAGAACUCGGCCUGAGUCCAGCUCGGGAAGAUGCUUCCCUCAUGAGGAAGUAUGUGGAACGCCGCAUCCCAUUAGCAGAGUUCAAGACUUUGGCGAUGGUGGCCACAAUGUUAGCAGAGUCAUGGGCGGUUGGUUUCGAGCUGCAGGAUCAAGCCUUGAUGGGGACCGUAGCCAGAAUGUUGUUCUUCGUCGAACAAUGUGCAAUCGACGGGGGCAAGACUCAACUUGCCUGGCUCCUGACUGAGUAUACCGAACCGGCCAUGCACAUGAUGCUCACAGCCAAGAAAAGACCCGGCUUGGAACCAUUUUCAAGACUUUGUCCUCCGAGUUGGGUGUCAGCAAAUGUCUCUUACCUCCGGGACUUGGAUUACAUGGAAACUCGUCUUGCCAAUGUGGGAAAGCCAGGGAAACUGUCAAAAGCCCAUGUAAGCGAGGACGAGAAGGACGACAAGCCCAGGAAGCCGAAUCCAAAGGCCAAGGGGAGAGGCAAAGGCAAGCAGAACCAGAGUGUCUUAGCGACGCUGUGGCUGGCAAAGUUGCAGUUAUCCCGUUAUCCGUGCGACUUAGAUCCCUGGUCGAAGUCGGAUACACAGAGGCAGAUCUGGCCCCAGCUAGAAGCACGGAGCCUUUGUUUGCGGAUCGACCUUGGCACGAAAGCCCUGAAUGGAUUUCGGAAUUGUGUCAACCGGAGUGACGGUCCGUCUCGUCAGCGGCCCAUUGCGCCCCCGACCAAGGAUGACACCUCUGGUUUUGAUGCGGUGGUGGCUGCAAGCCGCUUUCCUUUGAAUGUGCAAAAGGCGAGCGACGAGCCGACGGACCGACUUGGCGGUUUGGCCCAGCAGGCCCAUCCGCAGUGGGAACGACCUGGACCUGGCUCCGUCGACAUCGGACAUCGGAGGACCAAUGGAGAUGAGGACAUCGGAUGGCCAGGAAUGAGGCCGGAACUGGCCGGGCGCUUGGCGAAGCGAAUCGCCCAAUAUGGGGCCACCGAUGCGGUCCUGGCCGAAGGGGCGAAGCCAGAGCCCUCACCGCUUCUACGGGACAUCAUCGAUGCCGCGCUCGCCGAGGAGCUGGGUGAUGGAGGCCUAUUCGACGAGACUGCAGUACCUCAGGCCGCCCAAGCUGCUCGUGUCACCGAUGUGGCGAAAGGUUCUGGGUUGGAAGGAGGAGCGCGAGGAGCUCGAGGAGCUCCAGCCCACCAGGCCGAUGCUCCGGAUUCCUUGUUGCAGAGGCUGGCCCGGUACCAGCCCGAGCUGGCACCCCAACUCCUCAGGCGAAUUGAACAUGAGGGCUCUGACAUUGUGGCACAAUGUCUACGCUCUGAUUCGGCCUUGCGACGGCACAUGGAAAGAGCUUUGGAAGAGCUCUUUGCGGAUGAGGACCAAGCCCAAGCUGACUCUGCAGAACUCGGCCGGGGCAGCGGGAGCCAUAUGCUGCCAGGGCAAAGGAAGACCUUGGCGAUCUCCAGCCGCCCGAAGGUCGAUCCGGCGAUCCGCUCCAUCCGAUCUUCAGCGCCCUCACUGGCGGCACCGGCUGCGACGACGUCGCCUUCGCCGCCCGUUGGCGCGAACGCACCAGGUGCGCCGCGUCGGCCGGAGGCGGAAGGGCUCACUCCGGAGGCGAUGGACACAGGCGAUGGAAGGUCCGAGAAGAGCGAAAUCCGAAGAAUCAAUUCUAAUUAA